UGCAAUGUUGUCCGGGUUGAAGAAUCAGUGCAUAGUGCCAUGUGGAGAAAUGGCUACAAACAGGCGGUGACACAGUAAACUGAAACGUUUUGGAGUAUUUUAACAGCUUCGGUCUGCAAUGAGUCUUUUACCUCGCACAGCUGAGGAGUUCAGCUCUGCACAAUACUGGGAGAGAUUUUUCAAGAAGCGCGGAGAGAAAGCUUUUGAGUGGUAUGGAGACUACAACAAACUCUGCGGCGUCCUGCAUAAAUACAUUAAAGUGCAAGAUAAGGUGUUGGUGGUUGGUUGUGGUAACUCUGAGCUCAGUGAACAGCUGUAUGAUGUUGGCUACAAACAUCUGACUAAUAUUGACAUCAGUGAGACAGUGGUGACCCAUAUGAACCAGCGAAAUGCAGAGCGCCGGCCAGGCCUGACUUUCCAGCAGGUGGAUGCAACACAAACCCCAUAUGAGGAUGCCAGCUACCAGGCUGCUCUGGACAAAGGCACGCUGGAUGCCAUGGCAUCUGAAGAGGAAGGAGCUCUGGCCAGGAACAUGCUUACUGAGGUGGGUCGUGUGCUAAGUGUCGGAGGCCGGUACGUCUGUGUGACGUUGGCUCAGGAGAGUGUGAUCAAGUUGGCUUUGGAGCACUUUGUACAGCUCGGGUGGGCAGUGAGGGUACACUGCUUGCAGGAGGAAAGUGGAAAAGAAGAGGACUCCUUUGCUCUGCCUGUCUUUGUCCUGGUAUGCACCAAGUUUCGUCAGCCUAUGCUCACACCUAUUCUGGAGAUGUGUCUUGGGGAAGAUGGAGCCCCAACACGGCUCACGCAGGUUUCAGAGCUGUUGUCCGCUGUGAGGGAGCAUCAGGCCUACUCUGUCUUGAGAAAGAGGCUCCGCACAGGCACAGACGCCAGCUCAAACCUGUCGCUCACUCUCUGCCACACCAAGACUGGCCUUCCCAGAUACACUCUCACUGUGCAAGAUUGUUCCACAGGAGCCAAGGUGCCAAGAUCAAAUCACUUUGCUAUUUUUAUUGUGCCCCAAGGCAGCGAGACAGCUUGGCUCUACAGCUCCAGUGAAGGGCGAAGGCAGCUGGCAGCCAGUGCUAACUUUCGACGCUUGGUCAUCGUGGCAAUGCACAGGAACCAAGAGUACACAGACAUGCAGGCUGUCCAGUCAGAACUCUCACCAAUGGUGAUGGACCUUGCUCCACCUGGUAUGCCGGCCAACCAGCAGGUGCCAUUUCUGUCAGUGGGAGGUGAUCUUGGCUGGCGAGAGGAGGUCAGCAGGGGUGUGAGUGAGCUGAGUGGAGAGUAUUGCGUGGAGAAUGUCAAAGGAGAAGAUGGAGAACUGUAUCGUAGACUCAUUUUCCUGUCUAAUGCUGCCCUUGUCCAAUCAGAGAGCCGCCUUGUCUCCUCAAUUACCACAUCAAGUCACAAAAAGAAGAACAAGAAGAAGGCCAAGCCAGCAGCUCCUCCAACAGCAUCCUCAACCUCUCUGUCAGUGGACAGUGGCUUCCUCUGCUGCGCUCACCAUGAAGUCAUGGUGGCUGGCCUUGCCAUGCUCGGGGUGGGCACGCCAGAGAGCAAAGAUGUCCCAGUGUCAGUGCUCCUGGUGGGACUUGGUGGAGGAGGCUUGCCUCAGUUUCUGCGCGACUUUGUGCCUAAUGUUACCGUCGAGGUUGUGGAACUAGAUCCUGUUGUGCUGGAGGUGGCAAAGGAAUGGUUCGGAUUCAGACCAGAUGAUCAUUUGACUGUGACUCUUGGGGAUGGCCUUGAACGCAUCUGUGCCCUGGAGAAGGAAGGUGGUUCUUUGUUUGAUGCCGUCAUGUUUGAUGUGGACAAUAAAGAUAGCACUGUAGGGAUGAGCUGUCCCCCUGCUGCCUUUGUAGAAACCUCCAUCCUACAGAAAGUCUGCAGCUUGUUGACCCCCAGAGGUAUAUUCAUACUGAACCUUGUGUGUCGUGACCCGGUCUUGAGGAAAAGCGUGCUGCAGCGUUUGAGCGCAGUGUUCCCCAGCAUCCUCUCUCGAAAGAUUGAGGGGGAGGUCAACGAAGUUCUCAUGUGCUCUCGUGCAGAAAAGGAGACAUCGAACAGCGCCCACAUCACUCCAUCUCUGAACCAAGCAGCCAAGAAUCUGCAGAGCACACUGUGCUCUAACAGGACUGAAACCAGCCGCUGCCCACAUAUAGACAUUGUAGAGCUGUUAAAAGACCUGAAAGUAGAGUAAAAUUUGUUUUCAGACCAAGGGAGAGAUGGGAUUUAAAUAUGUGUCAAGACUAUUUGAGACAAUAUGGUGAGGAUGAUGAAAUAUGAGAGUACAUGACUUUGCCAUUCGAUCUAAUGCAAUGAAAAAUAAUAUAAUGUAUAAAAUGCAAUCACAAGUAAAGAAUAUUUUAUCUUUACAUUUUAAUCUGAUGCUUCUACAAAAAAUGCGUUCCCAGUGCUGUCUGUUAUGUGAGCAUGCAGAAUUAAUACGUAUUAUUACUAUAUCACCAUUAAACGCAGCCUGUAGUUUCUCUUUCA